AUGGAUAUAUCAUGUCAUGGAAUUUAUUCAACGAAUCAACAACAACAACAACAACUUCCUACACUAUAUGACACACAAAUACCCACAACCUCAUAUGAGCAAUCGUCACUACCAAAUAUUGCACAACCUCAUCAUCCAGCGGGUUAUUAUGAUUCACAAAUACCACAUUAUCCUGCACCUCGUAUACCAUAUCCAUCGAUAUCAGUGCCAAGUAGUCCAAUGAGGACACAAAUAAAAUGUGAGCUACAGCAACAGCAUUCACAACCACUACCACAAUCGCAGUAUCCGGAACGAAUAACAUCAACAACGGUUGACAAUCGGAAGAUCAUGAAUACUCAGACAUGGAUGAACGAUCAUCACUUCAUUAAUUAUCCCCAACAGCAGCAAUACAGGACCGGAUCUGCGCCAUCAUCAGUAAUGUCAAUGUCUCGAAUGAGUCAUAUAAGUAGUGCAACAGAAGAUAUGAGUAUGCUAAGUGUUAAUACACAAAUUACUGAACUCAGACAGCUAGCUGAUUUGAGGGCGCAAAUGCAUACUUCAGCGCCAUCAUCUUCAUCAUCUUGUAUCGAAAAUGUGGGACCGGAUCAUAUUAAAUUUAUUGAAACUGUCAAUAAAUAUAUAGAGAAAAUAACUGCUCAUGUCAACAACACUGAUAAGAAAGUAGCACAAGAAAUGGUGCGUGCCGUAUUUAUGAUGGCAACAAGGAAUGAUUUUGAACGAGCUGAUAUUGAUAAGUUGGAAAAAAUGAUGAAAACUUUGAUACAGCGAUGGUUGCGGCAAAAUGAUACCGAAGAUGAUGUAGUAGAAACAGUGCUGCGAAUAAUGACACGAUUCUCUGCUGAUGGUAAAACGAAACAAAUUAUGUCAAAAUGGAUGGUACAUUAUCCGGACGAAUUACUCGAAACAUUUGUACGAUGGAUGGACCCAGCACAAAAAUCUUGUAAAUAUGCUUUAAAUACUGUGCAUUCAUUGGUAGGAAUGGUGGAACGACAUCGAUAUGGGAAAGAUAUUAAAGAACAGAUUCUUGCUCGUACUACACGUGUCAUGAAAGAAAUGGAUGAAAAGGGUGAUCAGUACUUUAUAAAUACUUAUAAAUCGAAACAAUACGUUUUUGAUCUUGUUCGACGUGUUUUUAAUGGUAGCGAUAUGUGGAGGCAAUCAUUUGAAUCAAAAGGUGGUAUUCAACUUUUGCUACGAUUACUGAAGAAGGAGGGAAAUGAAUCGGUGGUGUAUAGGAUAGCUCGGGCAAUUUUUGCUAUGGUUUGCUCAACUGAUCUUUCAUAUGCUAAGAAGUUUGUUCAACUUGAUGGUGUCAAGAUUAUAUCGUAUCUUUUGGCAAAUCCAAAUUGCUCCGAACGUGUUGCGCUUGAUGUGAUGCUUUGUUUACGUGUAGUUAGUGACGUAGAUGGUGUAAGAAAUGCUGAUCUACGUGAAACAAUUAGCCGAACGCUUAGUAUGAUGGGUAUUUUUCGUAAUAAUCCAUACUUUUUACAUGUUGGAUUUGAUUUUCUUGGAAAUAUAUCCGCAACAUGUAAUGGUAACUCUAAUGCUAACAAGGAUUUUAUAGCUGAUUGUGGUAUUAUCGAAGGGACGAUCAAUUUGUUACAAACUUACUACAAAAGACGUGAUGAAGCUGUAGUAAAAAAUUUAAUUUCUUCAAUGUUAUGGUCAUUACAUGUUUUUACGGGUGGUUGUUCUUCACCGGAACGUAAUAUUAAUGUUAGAAAACGAUUGAUAACAUUUGAAGGAGCUCCAAGUUUACUUCUAUAUGAACUUGCUCAUCCAAUUGAUCUCAGUUCACGUUUACACGUAAUGAGCUUAUUCGCACGAUUAGUAGAUGCCGAUCAAUUGAAUCAUCCACCGAUGUUGUUUAAUAUUAGUGUUGAUAAUAAUUCUUUAACCGAUGUUUUAUUUGAAAUUAUAGCUACAACUGCAAAUACUAUGGAAAAUGAUGAGAAAGGUAAUCAUCAAAAGAAAUCGAUAAUUCAGAGAGCUUACAGUUUACUCAUCUCUCUAUCAAAUUGUAAUACCAAUUUUGGCAAUGCUAUACGAUAUUCAUGCGGUUCUUAUCAAAUUUGGGAUUUAUUGUUGGGUUGUCAAGAUGCAGAUGUUGUCAAGAGUACCAUUGAUUUCCUGAUGUUUAUCAUCAAAGAUGAAUCUGUUCGUGAACAACUUUCCAAAGAUUGCACUCUGGUAGAAGCUGUACGAAGUUUAACAAUUCAAAUGAAUGAAAAUGGUUCAGCAGCUCAAUUUUUACUGUUCCAUUUAACAACCGAAUCCGAUACGAUGGUUUCAUUUACGCCAAUCCUGUGA